GACACGAAAAGAACGACGUCAGCUCCUUCAGAAGCGCUAGAGCAAGUGUACAGAGAGUGAUAUGAUGGAGCUCUCUCGACACGUAGACGAUGAUUCAAGUAGCGACGAGCGAGAUCCCAUAAGGCACACGAGUGAUAACUCUGGCUCAACAGCACGCAGGAGAGAAGCAUUCUCGAAAAAUGUUGUGUUGCUAUUGGACUCUGAUGUGCAAAAAAAAGACGGCAAAGUCUACAUGCCGAACAAUAAGGAAAUGCAACGAUUGAAGAAGCCCAAACAUGGGCAAUUUAAAGAAGAUUUUAAGUUCACCAAGACUAUGACAGAAAAACAUGUGGAGGAAGAGCUCCGCCGCCAUUUCCCGAUUUUAAGAAAUUAUGGCAGAUUAAGCUGUGCCACAGCUGCAGAUAAAAGAACAAGACUGGAGUUCCACAACAGCUCAAGAUCAUUAUGGAAUGGAACCAAGAUUAACAGGCGUAUCAGGGGGAAUUCUGCCCUAUAUGUACUUUGCGAGGUAACUCCUGAAUCAGGUUGUAGUUCUCUACAACAACUGCCACCCAUGCCUGAAACAAUGGGAAAGCUUCAAAGAUUGAAAAGAAAACCCAAUUCCAGCUCUUCAUCUGCACCAGAAGUAGUUCCAAAUAGAGGGAAGCAAGUAUUGGAGGGUUCAAGUUGCCUUAAAGGUAGCAAAGAAGGAGAGCAGCAAUCUUGUCAGGAGCAAGGAGAUCACAGUGGCAACCCAACCACAAGCCUCCUUUGCAAUUCAGGCACUAGUCAACAAACACAAAACCCAAAAAUUGGUUUGAAACCAAGUUCUGGAGAAGAUCACGCUAAGGAAUCCCAAGUUAAAAAGGUUAGGAGAUAUGCUGAAAAUAAAAACUCCUCAGAGUCUGGUUUUGAAUCUACUGUCGAGGAUGCAUCUGGUGUUGAUGACAACACCAAGCAUUCAACAGGAAAAACUGAAGAAGCAGCUAGUCGCAGUAUGGGAAUGGAACGCUAUUUGCAAAAUUCCUCAAUGGACCCUUCAGAAGGAUCAAGCUUGGAAGAAAUCUUUCCACAAAGGAUUGCCACUGAUGAUCAGGGGAGCUUGUCUGACAGAGAGGUCAACGAACUCUAUCAAGAUGUCCUGGGAAUCUCCAUUUUUGAGCCAGCAUUACAGGGUGGUACAGAUUUCCUUCUUUACCUAAAUGUAAAUGGUAUUCCAGAAAAUGUCGCGUCACUGAGAGCUCUAUUUAAAGGAGUUGGAUUUGCAGACUUAACACCAGUUACUGAAGGUGUCUACGCUGGGCAUAGCCCAGGUAUGUUGAUUUAUCAUGGUAAUAGGACCGAGUAG